AUGACCGCCGAACCACCCACUAAGAAAAAGUGCUUGGGAGUAGACUGUGAAAAUGAUGCCUCUGCCCUACAAUGCCCUACAUGUUUGAAGAUAGGAAUCAAGGACAGCAACUUCUGCUCGCAAGAUUGCUUUAAGAAGAAUUGGAAUGAUCACAAGGCACUGCACAAGAUCGCGCAGGGCAAGACUACCAACGGUAUACUUGACCAUAUUCGAACUCCAAAGGUCGUCUCUAAACCUGAUCCAGCUACCGGCUUUUAUAAUCCAUUCCCCGCCUUCUCGUAUACCGGAUCGCUGCGUCCUGUCUAUCCAUUAUCGAAACCACGCCCAGUCCCCAAGUCGAUACAGCAUCCCGACUAUGCUGAUACGGGCUACCCUAAGAGCGAGCGAUUUAUCAACAGGAAUAAGAUCGACCUACUCGAUGCCAAGGGACAAGAGGCUAUGCGUAAGGUGUGUAGGUUGGGGCGAGAAGUUUUGGAUAUUGUCGCGGCCGAAGUGAAACCUGGUGUCACUACCGAUUACCUCGACGAAGUCUGUCAUAAGGCUUCCGUAGAACGAGAGUGUUAUCCGUCUCCCCUUAACUACAACAACUUUCCUAAAUCUAUCUGUACAUCGGUCAACGAAGUCAUCUGCCACGGCAUUCCGGAUCAACGGGUAUUAUUAGACGGCGAUAUUAUCAAUCUUGAUGUUUCGCUCUACCACGGGGGCUACCAUGCGGAUUUAAACGAGACAUAUUACGUGGGCGACAAAGCUAAGGCUGAUCCCGACUCAGUCCGGGUAGUCGAAACGGCUCGAGAAUGCCUAGACGAGGCAGCCAAGCUUAUAAAACCGGGAACUCUAAUACGAGAGUUCGGUAACAUUAUUGAGAAGCAUGCCAAGUCGAAAAACUGCAGCGUUAUCAGGACGUAUUGCGGCCACGGAGUUAAUUCCCUGUUCCACUGCCCGCCCAACGUGCCUCAUUAUGCGAAGAAUAAGGCCGUGGGAGAAUGUAAACCUGGUAUGACUUUUACCAUUGAACCUAUGAUCGCGCUGGGCAAGUAUCGGGACAUUACCUGGCCGGACAACUGGACAAGCACUACGAUCGACGGCAAGAGGACCGCUCAGUUUGAGCACACUUACUUAGUCACCGAAACUGGAGUGGAAGUAUUAACGGCGCGAACGGAAAGCUCGCCUGGCGGACCUAUACCGAUACCGAACACUGAAAUCGCAGCAGACGGUAGCGCAUAG